AACGGAACGAAGAACGGGGCAGUAACGAGAGAGAGAACCGGCCGGCCAGCAGAGGGAUCGACGAGUGAACGAGAGUGGACGAGUGGACGAGUGGACAGAGAGUACACCGGCGUAGUACGUUCGUGUCGUGCGCGUUCCCUUCUACGGACGAAUCCAGCGUCGUCGAUCGAGAUCCGAAACGAUCGAGACGUUCGCACGUUCGGUCGUUCCGGUCGUUCGUUGUCCCGCUCGAUCGCGCUUGCUUGCUCGCGAAGCGGAGCGUUCUGUUAUUUUCGACGAGUACCGGUCGAAGACUGUGCGAACCGAGUUAACAUGACAAUGGCAACAGAGACUGAAAACACCGGUCCGGAGAGCAAGGAGAUCAAGGAUGUGAAGGAAAUUAAGGACGAAACGCCACCGGACAACAAGCAAGAAGAAAAGGACGCGGCCAAGAAAGAAGAAGCUGGGAGAAAGGAGGAGGCCGGUGAUCAAGCGACUACCGCGGCAUCGCCGGCGCCGACCAAGGCUAUCAGCGUGCACAAAACCAACUACGAGAAGGACGUUGUUUAUCUCUAUCAGUUCCCUCGAACACCGGUUCUGCCCUCCGUCUCGCCGUAUUGUCUCAAGGUAGAGACGUGGUUGCGGCUCAACGGCAUCAAAUACGAGAACGUCGACCACAAGGUGAAGUUCCGUUCGAAGAAGGGAGGACUGCUGCCGUUCGUCGAGCUGAACGGCGAGGAGAUCGCGGACAGCACGAUCAUAGUGCGCGAUUUGAGUCAAAAGUUCGACAAGGAUCUCGACGCCGGACUGACGGCCGAGCAACGAAGCGUCUCGCACGCGAUGAUAUCGAUGAUCGAGAACCACCUGGCUUGGGUGGUGACGUACUGGCGCACCAAGAAUCUCGAUCAGGUGUUGAAGGGUUACAAAAUGAAUCUCCAGCACAUGGUCGGCACCCGCAUCCCGAACGGCAUCCUCGCCAUUUUCUUCAAGUACACGUUCGUUCGCAGGAGCGCGAAAAAGGUAAAGGCCCAGGGGAUGGGCGUCCAUACUCCCGAAGAAGUGUCCCAGUUCGGUUGCGCCGAUCUCAAGGUUCUCUCCGACAUGCUGGCCGACAAACCGUUCUUCUUCGGAGACGACCCGACCACGUUGGACGUGGUAGGAUUCGCGCAUCUCGCCCAGAUUCUCUACAUCGACAAGGACACGCCGUACAGCCUGCGCGACUACAUGCAGGAGAACUGCCCGAACUUGGUCGGCCACUGUUCGCGCAUGAAGGAGCGAUGCUUUCCGGAUUGGGACGAGAUCUGCUCCACCCUGGACAUGAACACGCACCUUCCGAAGCCGGAGAAGCAGGAGGAGAAGGAGGGCAAAGAAGAGCCGAAAGAGACCAAGGAGUCCAAGGAGGAGAAGGAGGGCGACAAGGAGAAAGCGGACAAGGAGGAGAAGGAGAUGGAGAAGGACAAGGAGCUCGACGAGAACAAAGAAAAGGAGAAGGAAGGGAAGUAAGCUGCCUAGGACCGAUGCUGAGCAAAAAUAUGUUCGAAACAGCAAGAUAUUACCGUGAAAAAUAGAGAGAGAGAGAGAGAGAGAGUGUGUGUGAUCUUAACGUGCGACGUGGCGAGGAGAAGGAUGCGACGCGAAGAGAGAUUGUUCGUCUAUUCGUUUGUUUGUUUGUUCGUUCGAUCGUUCGUUCGUUUGCUCGUUUGCUCGCUUGCUUUCGCGCGCGCGUCUGUCCGUUCAACCGACUUACUUGCGCGACUCUGCAUAAAUACCCGACGAGAGAACGAGCGAGCGAGCGAGCAAAAGAGAAAGAGAGGGGGGAGAGAGAGCGUGUGCGAAAAAAGAGGCAAAGAACGGCACGAACGAGAUUAAGAGGAACGGACGAGAGAAUGCGCGAAAGGAAUAGAUCCGAGUACGAAGAAACGAGAGGAGAAUUCAAGUCUAGAGCUCUCUACUUAUACGUAUAGAUAUUAGUAGACUCGUAAUGUUAAAUAUUUCGUUUGUACGCGUUUAACGCGCGUUACGCCAUUUCUCAUCGACACCCCGGCACAUCCGAGUACCGAAAAAUCGUAUUUCCGACCCAGGGCCCAUUUUCCUCCUCUCGCUCCUGCUCCUUCCCCUGCUCCUCCACCUCCUCCUAACCCUAACCCUGCCCUAUCCUAUCCUAUCCCGAUCCUCCCGUCCCGCGACGUCGAACGAUUUCGAAAGAGAAAAAUGGAAACGGAACGGGACUAUCUCAUAAGUCAUUAGAAUCGUAGGUUUGCAAUAUAUCAAAUGCAAUAGCCUGGCAAAGGUGUGAGAUUUGUAAGAGAACAGUGGCCAAACGCGGAUCUGUACGUUGCAAGAUGUGCGCGUAUAAUAAUUUAAACAAUGAUAGAGAAAGGGAGAGAGAGAGAGAAACGCGUAGGGAAGUGGACAAGUGAAAAAGUGGAGAAGCGGAGAAGCGGAGAAGAGAAUAGAGUAGAAAGGACAAAGGCGGGGAGCGGGAUCGUUUAUGGUUGCGAUUACGUAACGAAUAACGGAUAAGAAGUAACGAAUAACGCCCUUCGUCCCCGACGUUUGGGGGAAGGGAGAAAAGCGUGUCUCGCGAUCGCUUCUAUCAUUGGCUCUCUCACUGUGCAACACACGAGUUACGUACCUAGCGUUCCAAGCAACGUACCGUAUAUCACAUUAUGAUGAUCUUCGUUUAGUCGUGCUUUCCGUUGGUCGUGUUCCGGCGUUUCGUAUCGGCCAUUCGACGGAAACCGAUCCGAGUCGAUACGAUACGAGUCCCAGUACCUCGCGCGAUCGCGAGAUCGUACGAUCGCACGAUCGCCCGCGCACGCAUCUACACGUAGACUUUACGCAUUCCUUUUCGAUUCGUUGGUGCUCGAUCGUAACACGUAUUCGGUUCGAUCGCUGCUCGCGACGGCGGUUGCCGGACAUAUUUCGGGGGUUCACGAUUCUCGACUCUCGAUCGAUGCAUCCAUCCGAUCAAGGAAACCCGACGCACGCGAUGCGAAACAACGAUCGCCGUUUUUUCCUUUUCCGUAUUCUCCUAAUUUCCCGAAUUUUCUACGUUUUGUAAUUUUCCUAUUUCUCGUAUUUCUCGUAUUUCUCGUACAGGCUACUGGGCCACUCCGUAUAUUAUAUAUACGUGUAUGUAUUUUGACUCGGCUACUCGCGUCGAGUUUCAUUCCCACGCGUACCGCCCUUCGGGUACACCGUUUUUACAAUUUAUUGACAACGUCCCGACGAGCGAAGACUCAUUUGCGAUUACGGAUCGACGGCAAAUAUUAUACGAUACGAUCAUUUGUAUAUUAUUAUAGAUAUUUUCUAUUACGUACACGCGAGGAUGCGAUCCGAGAGUAAAGAGAGGUCGCGUUGCCGCUCUGCGGCCGUGUCACGGUCCUCGAACGGUCCUCGAACGGUCCUCGAACGGUCCUCGAACGGGCGACACCGACGAGCCCGCGCGAGCAAAGCCCCCCCUUUCCCCGGGGCUCUGCCGUCUUUGUUUCUUCCGUUUCUUUCCCGCGGACUAAACGACAAAAAAGAACAAAAAAAGAAGAAGAAAACAAAGAAACAAGGAAGGAGACGCAGGCAAACUUUUUGAUUUCCUCCGUCUGGGGGUACUCUUUCCGUUCGAGCGUGACGUUCGAACGAAUGCGACGAAGAAAAAGGAAAGAAAGAAUAAUAAACGACGAACGCUGUGCUGCCCCGUGGUUGGUUCAAUAUUAUUAGUCGACAUUUUCCUCGAACGUGUGAGAAAUUUUACAUUACGUAAUUAUACAAAGUGUCUUUCACGCAUCGAAAAAAAGAAUGAAAUGAAAUGAAAUGAAAUGAAAUGAAAAAUGAAACACGGUCAUUUUGAUGUAUAAUGUUAUCGAACGGGAAUUGAAGUUUUUUGUACUAAAGGCCGCUACGUCGUAGCGGUCGCCAAAUAUUCCACGAAGACACGAGGAUUAUCUAUUGUAUUUAAGUAGCUUACUAUUAUUAACGACGAUAUUACGAUUAUUCCGUAAAAGAAAAGAAAACGAUGAAAAAUGUAUGAAAAAAGUAACGAUUAGCGUGUGUGGAGCUGUUUAUACUUAGGACAACGCAUACAUUUAACAUCCCGUGGUUACAUUAUAUUAUUAUGGAUUAUUACGAAAUAACGAGUAAAUAAUAUUAAAUUAGCGGCGACACAGAAAGGAAAACAGUGUUGGACAAGACCGUAAACGUUGCAAGCACAGUAGGUAGGCACACAUCCGGUACGGUAAGAAUAUUAUAAGAAAAAUAAUAAUAAAAUAUUAAUAAUAUAACGAUAAUUAUUAUUAUUGUAAUAAUGAUAAUUAUUAAUUAAUUAUAAUAAUAAUAAUAAUAGUAAUAAUAUAAUUAUAAUAAUAAUACGACUGCUCGUUUUAUGCUCGGCGCUAUACAUUUCAUUGUCAUUAUUAUUAUAUCACCAUUUAUUAACGAUAUACAUACGAACAAAUAAAAUGUGUUUAUAAUUAUAA